CUCUUUAAGAUGGAUAUAGAGAACUGCAAUGGCCGCUCGUAUAUGUCUGGUAGCGGGGACUCAUCUCUGGAGAAGGAGUUCAGCGGGGCCCCAGUGGGGCCCGCUGUGAGCACCCCAAAUAGCCAGCACUCUUCACCCAUCUGUUCGCUCAGUGGUAAUUCCAUCAAGGUGGAGAUGUACAGUGAUGAAGAAUCAAGCCGACUGCUGGGGCCAGAUGAUCGGCUUCUGGAAAAGGAGGACAGUGUGAUUGUAGAAGACUCAUUGUCUGAGCCCCUGGGUUAUUGUGAUGGGAGCGGCCCUGAGCCUCACUCCCCUGGCGGCAUCCGACUGCCCAAUGGCAAGCUCAAGUGUGACAUCUGUGGUAUGGUCUGCAUCGGGCCCAAUGUGCUUAUGGUACAUAAGCGCAGUCACACGGGUGAGAGGCCCUUCCACUGCAACCAGUGUGGUGCCUCAUUCACCCAGAAGGGGAACCUGCUGCGUCACAUCAAGCUGCACUCAGGGGAGAAGCCCUUCAAAUGCCCCUUCUGCAACUAUGCCUGCCGCCGGCGAGACGCUCUCACUGGCCACCUCCGCACCCACUCCGUCUCCUCCCCGACGGUGGGCAAGCCAUACAAGUGCAACUACUGUGGCCGGAGCUACAAGCAGCAGAGUACACUGGAGGAACACAAGGAACGCUGUCAUAACUACCUGCAGUCUCUCAGCACUGAAGCCCAGGCCCUGACUGGAGCACCAGGUGAUGACAUGCGUGACCUAGAGAUGGUGCCAGAUUCCAUGCUACUACACUCAUCUUCUGAGCGGCCAACUUUUAUUGACCGUCUGGCCAACAGCCUCACCAAACGCAAGCGCUCUACUCCCCAGAAGUUUGUGGGUGAGAAGCAGAUGCGCUUUAGCCUCUCCGAUCUCCCCUUUGACAUGAAUUCAAGUGGCUAUGAGAAGGAUGUGGAGCUGGUUGCACACCACGGUUUGGAGCCUGGCUUUGGCUCACUAGCCUUUGUUGGUGCAGAGCACCUGCGCCCACUUCGCCUUCCACCUGCCAAUUGCAUCUCAGAGCUCACACCUGUCAUAAGUUCUGUCUACACCCAGAUGCAGCCACUCCCUGGCCGACUGGAGCUGUCUGGAACCCGGGAAGCCAGUGAGGGGCAUGAGGACCUGGCUGAUGGGGGCCCCCUACUCUACCGGGCUCGGGGUCCCCUGGCCGACCCUGGGGUCUCCCCCAGCAAUGGCUGCCAGGACUCCACAGACACAGAGAGCAACCAUGAGGAGCGAGGUGGGGGGGUUGUGACCACCCCUCAGUGUCCCUCAAAUCAGCAAGCCCCUGCUCUGGUUGUGGGGAGCCGGCCCAGCCCUGCCUACGCCAAAGAGGACCCCAAGAUGCAGGAAGGGCUUCCCCGGAGUGCUCCUGGCCCUGCCAAGGAUGUGCUGCGUGUGGUGGGUGAGGACGGAGAGCCAGUGAAGGCCUUCAAAUGUGAGCACUGCCGAAUCCUCUUCCUGGACCAUGUCAUGUUCACCAUCCAUAUGGGCUGCCAUGGCUUCAGGGACCCUUUUGAGUGCAACAUCUGUGGCUACCACAGCCAGGACCGGUACGAGUUCUCCUCCCACAUUGUCCGAGGGGAACACAAGGUGGGCUAGUGAUCUUUGGCCUCCCCUCCAACCCAGCCCUUCCUGUCUUCUCCCCCUAUCUUCAGAGGUGCCCAGCCCUCCCAUCCACCCCUGCCACCACUGUCCACUUUUCUACCUGAAUAAGUUUUGCUUUUGUAGCCUGUCACACAGACAUAAUCUCUGGCUGCCUGACUUCACACUUGACUCCUCACCAUUUCUGCCCUCUCCUUUCUGCAAGUUGCCAAGCUGAUUUAUUUAAGCAUUGUGAUGAAACAGGUCUUUUGUUUUGAUUCUUCCUUUUUUUCAACCCCUAUGCCUCCCCAAAUUCACACUAAGUUUAGUAAGAUUAUUAGAUGGAGGGUUUUUGCCCUCUACAGGAAAAAGUCUGUCAGAUACCUGCCAUUCUUCACCUUCAUUCUCUUCUCCUGUCCAAGCCUAAUUUCCCUUUCUAUUCUUGCUUCCUCCACAUCCCUAGGACAGUGGGGUGGGAAGCUCUCUGGAGUUUGGAGGGGCAUUGGCCUACUGCUGUCCCUGAUCCUCACCCUUCACUUACACUGCCAGAUUCCUCAGUUCCGGUGCCGGUGCCUCCUGGCCCCACCAUAGCUCUGUGGCAUUAUAUCUCCUCUCUGGGACACCCUUACCCUGGCACUCCAUACCUCUCUGCCCUCUCACCUUGGGCAGCUUGCACUGUUCUUGAAUGAAUGAAUGAAUGAAGGAUAUCCCCCAUUUAGGGGGAGGAGAGGGUUGAAAAAAUUCACUCCAGGGCACUGUGAGGCUCAGAAUCCUCUCACUCGUUCCCCUAAUAAUAUGAAUACUCUGAAGCCUGCAUUUGCACUCUGGGUCUCCCACUAGGAUGUGAUAUCCUCUCCCUUCAACCUCACAGGGGCUGUUCUGGUCCUCCAACCAGUCUGUGUGCUCAGUGGUGACUUCCCUCCACUUGGGGCACCCCAAUUUGAUAUCCUCAGGGGUGAAAGCUGGGUUUGCACCUUUUUCUGUCUCUGAAGCAUUGGGAGUAAAAGAUCCUCACCAAAUUGGAAAUAGAGGACAAGGAGAAGACAAGAUUCUUCUCUUCCUUUAAUGCUUCUUCAAUUGACUCCCUCACCCCAGAAACCUCUCUAGGCACUCAGGGGCUUUCCCACCAUACAAAAAACCAGUUAAGUCUAUUGCUGCCUGAAGACAAGGAGGAGACCCAGCCCUUCAGUCUUACUGCCUUCACCCUCCCCAGCAGGGAUUACCAUCCCAUUCUUGAGCUCUGAGGCUCCAUCCUCAGAGUCAGCAGUCAUAAGAAAGGGAUGUUUCUUUCCUCACUUUUAAUUAUUUCAAUAUAACCAAAAAUGAUUGCAGGGUGGGCAUGUGCCCCUGCCCCUACCCUACCCCUGCCCCAGGGAGAGUGAGUCCAGCACAUCUGGACUGAGGGCAUCCUUCACUGCCCCCUUCAUGCCUGGUGCCAAGGAAGCAGGGAAGGGGGGAUUCAUUUCCCUCCUGGUUCCUGAAGCAUGCUUGGCUGUUCUUGUUGGUCUGGGAGGGAGGCAGAGGCCCCUGGGAAGGGGAAGCAUCUCUAUACACAUGGAGUCCCAGCCCAGGGCCACAGCCACCCGGCUCUCUUGCUUCCUUGAGGUUCAAACCAAAGGCUGUUUUUUUUCUAUGUUAAAAAAAAAAACAAAAAAACAAAAACACAACCACCUCACAAGUUGCAACACUUGGUCCUUCUCUCUUUCCUCUCACCUUUCUCCUCCAACUCCCACCCUCCUCUUCCCACAACUCCUCUCCUCAUUGCCUCUUCUGCCUCUUCUCCCUUUUCUCCCUCCUCAGGGAUCUCUUAGGGGUCCCCAGGGAAGGAUGCUGCAGGGUUGGCUGGGGGACAGAACCCAGGAUUGUGGUACUUGGGCCUCUGAAAGGAGUCCGUGUCACCCCCUUGUGGGGAGGACAUCAUAAAACAAUUUUCUCCUCCUCUUCUUCCUCCUCUACUCUGAGGUUUUCUUGAUGAGACCCAGAUAGGUGUAGAGUGAAACAUCAUUGUGAUGAACCUGUCUGUUCCUCCUGGACAGUGUAGCAAUAAACAGAUGCUGCUGGGGUCAGGGAGUUGAGGGGUAGGGGAACAAAGACAGGAGUAGAGGGGAAGGAUGGAAGGGUCUGUAAAGGAAGGUUCUUUCCAGCAGGACACUGUUCUCCUACCUCCCUACUCCACUUCUACAGAGCAGAUCUGGACAGUGAGCCCCUUACUACUCCUUCCCCUUCUCAACUGGGAACUACUACAGUAUUCUGUUUGUAAUAGUGACUCCCCAUAGGGACUUUUCCCUCCAGGGAGAUCAGAGCCUUAGGGUCCUACCCACAUCCUUUCCCCAUUCUACUUUGGCAAACCUGUGAUCCCCUCACCCCCGAAAAUUCAAAACAAAACAAAAGCACGUUCUGAGGCUAUUGCUAUGCCCAGAAGAGCAGAGACUCGGGGGCUGGGAGCAAGAGAAGACUCUAGGUAGGGGAAGAAGGGGACUCCAUCACUUUCCAGAUCAUCACUGCACUUUAACCAGGGUCUUAAGUACAAAGCCCUAUUACCCCAGAGCCCCUUUGGCUCUGGGACCUCAAAUGUGCUCACCCCUCCUCCCAGCUCCUUUUGUUAAAAAAAAAAAAAAGAAAAAAGAAAAAAAAGAAAAGGAAAAAAGGAGAAAAAACAAACCCUGAAACCUAUGUGGAGGAAAGAGGUGUUUUCCUUUUCUAACAAAAUUCAAAAAUAACAACAAAACCCUUUCUAAACAGAUACUUUUCCAAACCUUUGGGUUUUUUUUUUUCCAUGUCUGUCUCCAGGCUGCGGAGGGAUUUUUGUAACACUCCUAGCAGCUUAUUUCCUUGUGUACAUAUUAUAUAUAUAUAUUUUUAAUCAGACAUUAUGAUGAACAAAAAAAAAGAAAAAAGAAAAAAAGAAGAAAGUGCAAUACCACCUUUGUCCUCUUUCUCUUUCCCAGGGUUUUCAUUUGUAUCCUAGCCUAGACUUGGUGUCUUUCUUGAUCCCUGUCCUCAUUCCUCUUCUGGGUCCCCCCCCUUUUUUUUUGAGAGUUCUUUCCCUUCUUAAGGGGAGUCAAACUUGCUUUUGAGACUUAACUGCGAAGCGUUUUGUAUCUGUAAUAUAUUGUAAGUAAAUAUUUGUGUAACGAAGAAUAUACUACUGUAAGUUUUGUACUGUACUGGCUGAAGGUCUGUUAUAAAUAA